UUGAUUAAAUGACGAACACAACAACAUAAUCAAACAAACAAACAUAAACAUCGUGUCCGUAGUGAAUCAGUCAUUUCAUUUGAUAACAACAGUAACGAAUUAGCAGUGCCUCAAGCAUGAAGCUGUUGCUUGGAAUUUGUUUAUUUCUAGUAGGAGUUGCUGCUUCGACGCAUACCUUACCAAGAGAAUCAGGACCGAUGUUAUCAUGUCUAGAGAAUAGCCACGAUCAAGCGUAUCACAUUGAAAAUCUUCUUGUGGAACCCACGGCACUUCUAGAUGGACUUUCCUUUCCCGAUGUGCCUGUGCUCUAUCUGGACAAUAGCACAACUUCAUACUUCUCCCCACAACUGAUGGAAAAAGUCCAGAACUCCACCGAAAGCCUCUUCAUACUGGAUGGAAUAGUCGCAAAAGUGUAUCUCAAGCCGACCCUCAAGGCCUUAACCGUUCUACGUGCCGUCACCUCAGAAGUCCUCAUCGAUCCCGUCGACAAUCAUCGAUUGGAAAUCCUGGACAUUGAAGGUCGCCUCAAAUCCAUCCCGGACAACAUUCGUCACUUAAAAAAGCUGGUCACUUUGGACUUGUGCCAAAAUCAAAUUACCAGCUGGAAUCUGAACGACCUGGAAGGACUUGAUCACCUCCGUAAGCUAAACUUGGGUCACAAUCAAAUCGGAUCGAUCAUCUCUACUAAGGAAAUGCAUCUCCCGGCUUUGAAGGAACUGUUCCUCCAUGGUAACCGAAUCACAACGUUGGAUUUGACUCACUUGAAAGCGGAUCGUUUGGAGCGGCUGUAUUUGUCACAUUAUUGGCUGACAAUAGUUAAAGGUCUCCUGGAGCGCUACAGCCAGCUGAGACGUGUAGAUUUGCACGGAAAUGACUGGAAGUGUGUGUGGUUGAGGCGUGCACUGGAUGUGCUUGAGAAGGCGGGAGUGGAAUCGUUAAACUAUCUACCGAUCGGGGUAUGCGACGAGAGAGGAAGUGUGAAGGUUGACUCAAUCAGUUGUGAUUAGCUCGUUGAUGGGUGAUUAUAGUAAACGUAUAUGCUUCAUUUUAGUGAUGAUGCAUUGAAAGGAA